GCCCCUCGUUAUCAAAAUAAAAAGCGUGUCAUUUGCAGAGUGGAAAGCAGAAGAAUCUUUACGCGAUUUCGUGAAAUCGCAAAUGAAAUUUAUUAUUUUCGCCGCAAAAAGUCGUAUCCUGAUCGGGCAGCAUGACGAAAACCAGAUUCAACACCUACGAUGUGGUUUGCUCGGUGACGGAGCUUCAAAAGCUCAUCGGAAUGCGAGUGAACCAAAUCUACGACAUCGACAACAAAACGUAUUUGAUUCGGCUGGUUCGGAAUGAAGAGAAAGUGGUCCUGCUCUUGGAGUCAGGAAAUCGCUUCCACACGACCGCCUUCGAAUGGCCUAAAAAUGUUGCUCCGUCCGGUUUUACCAUGAAACUGAGAAAGCAUUUGAAGAACAAAAGACUGGAAAACAUGAAGCAACUGGGGGUGGACCGUAUCGUGGAUUUCCAAUUCGGAACGGGCGAAGCUGCUUAUCACGUCAUUCUUGAGCUUUACGACAGAGGAAACAUUUUGCUCACGGAUUGCGAUUUGAAGAUUUUGAACAUUUUGCGUCCGCAUGUGGAAGGAGAGGAAGUAAGGUUCGCUGUGCGGGAAAAAUAUCCAACAGAUCGAGCCAAAGAGGACAAAGGUCCUCCGGCAAUGGAAAAGGUCAAGGAGACAAUUGCGAAAGCCCAUCCCGGAGAUACUUUGAGAACAGCACUGAAUCCCAUAUUGGAAUACGGUGCAUCGGUGAUCGACCAUGUGCUGCAUAAAUAUGGCCUUUACGGAUGUCGUAUUGGUGGGGAACUGCCGGCCGAAGCGAUGGCGGAAGUGCCGAAAAAAGCCAAGAAAAAACAAAAGGCAAUCGCAAAAGAAUUUUCAAAAGUCUUCAACAUCGAAGAGGACAUGACCGCAUUGAUGUGUGCGAUAAACGAUGCCGAAACAAUGCUGCGGAAAGCAAUGAAGGAACCAUCCAGAGGAUUCAUCAUACAAAAGAAAGAGUUGAAGCCCGCGAAGGACAAAGAGCAAGAAGAGUUUUAUUUCACCAACUUGGAGUAUCACCCUUUCCUGUAUAAUCAAUAUAAGGAAGAUCCUGUCAAGGAGUUUGAUAGCUUCACGGCUGCUGUGGAUGAGUUUUAUUCCACUUUGGAGGGACAAAAAAUUGAUUUGAAGGCUUUCGCUCAAGAGCGGGAAGCUCUUAAGAAGUUAUCCAACGUCCGCACGGAUCAUGCCAAAAGAUUAGAGGACCUAACAAAAGCACAAUUAGAGGAUCGUAAAAAGGCGGAACUAAUCACUAGAAAUCAAAAUCUGGUGGACAGCGCCAUUUUGGCGGUUCAAAGCGCUUUGGCUUCCCAAAUGUCAUGGUCGGACAUCCAGGACCUGGUCAAAGCUGCUCAAGCAAACAACGAUCCCGUAGCAUCGUGCAUCAAACAGCUCAAAUUGGAGAUAAACCACAUUUCUUUGAUGCUGAAAGACCCGUACGGAGCACUGGACGAAGAUUUUGAAGACGACGAUGACGAAGACGAACGUGAGGAUGGAGAGGGAAAGCUGGAACCGAUGGUAGUUGAUGUUGAUCUGGCCAUGACGGCUUUUGCCAAUGCCCGUCGUUACUAUGACCAACGUCGCUUUGCCGCUCGCAAAGAGCAGAAAACAAUCGAAUCCUCUUCAAAAGCCUUAAAAAACGCCGAAAAGAAAACAAUGCAAACUUUGAAGGACGUCCGGACACAGACAACCAUCUCGAAGGCUCGUAAAGUCUACUGGUUCGAAAAAUUCUACUGGUUUAUCAGCUCGGAGAAUUACUUAGUAAUUGGUGGCCGAGACCAGCAGCAGAAUGAGUUGAUUGUAAAACGUUAUAUGCGUCCAUCUGACAUCUACGUGCAUGCUGAAAUCCAAGGCGCUUCAAGUGUUAUAAUCAAAAAUCCUUCCGGAGAAGAUAUUCCGCCAAAGACGUUGCUCGAGGCAGGAACAAUGGCUAUCUCGUACAGUGUCGCUUGGGAUGCCAAGGUCGUAACUAGCGCAUAUUGGGUCAAGAGUGAGCAAGUUAGUAAAACCGCACCAACUGGAGAGUAUUUGACUACAGGAAGCUUCAUGAUACGAGGAAAGAAGAACUUUUUACCUCCUUGCCAUUUAGUACUGGGCUUGAGCUUUAUGUUCAAACUGGAGGAGAGCUCCAUUGAACGGCAUAAGGGCGAAAGAAAAGUUCGUACUUUCGACGAAGAAUCGAUAAUGAGCAAGGAGGACCGUUCUGAAGUAUCUGAAGCUCCUGACCAGGAAAUACUUCUAGAAGAGGGAGAAUCAGAUCACGAUGAGAAAGAUGCUCCUGAAAAUCCAGAAACCCGGGAAGAUGUUGAGGAGCAAGUGAAACUACUUUCGUUGAACAAAGAAGAAGAUGACAUCGAAAAGCAAGGAGCUGUGUCAGAUUCGGAUACAGAUGAUAGCGAAGGUCCGAAGUUUCCGGAUACGCAUGUCAAAGUCGAGCACGACACUGGAAAGGUAUCAGUUCAGUCAGAUCCGGUUCUGAAACGAUUGACCUCUGAACCAGAUUCGGAAAAUGUUAUUUUCCUGGGUGAUAACAAGCCUUUCAUCAUAACUCCAGCUCCACCGCGUAAGAAACAAAUCCAAAAGAGUAAGCAAAAAGCCAAGGAUAAGGAAAGGGCUUUAGAGGAAGCGGCAGCUAGAAACAAAAAAGAAGAACCGCAGAAACAAGGUCAACUAAAGCGUGGUCAAAAGGCCAAGAUGAGAAAAAUCAAGGAAAAAUACAAGGAUCAAGACGAAGAAGAGCGUAACUUGAUGAUGGAAAUUCUUAAAUCGGCGGGCAAUCGAAACACUCAAAAUCAAAAGGAAGAAGAGGCAGGCGGUAGUGAUCAGAAAAAAUACCCCGGAAAGAAGCCCCAGCCGCGUCUUAAACCUGGAGAGUUUGAAGAAUUCGGUGACGAUACUCCAGCUGCGGCUGAUGUGGAUAUGUUGGAUUCGUUAACCGGACAACCGAUGGAGGAGGACGAGCUGUUGUUUGCAAUUCCUGUUGUUGCGCCUUAUCAAUCGUUGCAUAACUACAAGUUCAAAGUUAAAUUGACCCCAGGAACCGGUAAGAGAGGCAAAGCUAGCAAAAUGGCUCUGCAAAUUUUCCUCAAAGACAAACAGUGUACAAAUCGUGAAAAGGAUUUGCUGAAGGCUGUUAAGGAUGAGACUCUGGCUCGUAAUAUUCCAGGCAAGGUUAAACUUUCGGCUCCACAAAUGCAAAAAGUUAGAAAGUAAUCGGUAAUCGUUAAUAUAUUUUUACCUUUGAUGUUUCCAUCGUUUUAUUGUAGAUUAUAGAUAAAAAUCAUUUAUUAUUCACUUAUUCUGCUUAAGUA